AUGAAAAAAACAAUAAACGUAGCCAUCUUUCUAUUCCUUAUUAGUCUUCAUAUAAAUAACUUAGUAUCCACUGAAGUUACAGAUAAACAGAGGAAUUUGCGAAAUGGCUCUAAUUUUAUGGAUUUAUUUUCAUUAAAUAAAAAUGAUGGUUUAGAAAAUGAAGACAAUGAAAAUCAACAAAUUCAAGGAAAUUCUGAUGACCCUAAAAACUCUGAAUCAGUUGAAAACCCUUCAGGAGGUGAUCCAGUAAAUGGGAAUGCAAGUGAUACAGAUAAAGCACCUGGAAAACAAACUACAUCUGGUGAUAGCUCAUCAUUGGUCUCUGAUCCAGGGACGCCUAAGGGAGAACAUAGUGAAGCUAGUGGAUCAAAACAAGAUAAGGAAGAAACAGAAGAAGGGGAUUCUGCAGAAGAAGAAGAUGACGAUGAAGAAGAAGAUGACGACGAAGAAGAAGAACGUUCUAAAGGUGACACAUCAAAAGAAGAGCAACAAGGAUCAUUAUCAGUAGAAAACGGGGGACCAAAAGCAGAAGCAGGAGCAACAUCAAAAGCAGAAACAGGAACAGAAACAGAAGAAGAAAAAAAAGAAGAAGAACCAGAAACAAAAGCAGGAAAAGAACCAGAAACAAGAAUAGGAACAGAAACCAAAGCCAUAGAAGGGUUAGAAACAAGAGGGACAUUAGGAUCUGAAUUAGAAUCAAAAGAAAAAACUAAAGGGAAUGUAGAAGUAGUUCAAAACGAAGAUAGUUUAAAGCCAAAAGACGAAAAAGGAAUUGAUGGGACACUUGAUAAUCCACCGAAGAACGAAGAUGAUGCACAAGAUCCACCAAAAUUACCAGAAAAAGGGAAAGAAGACGCACAACAUAAAGAAGGUGAAGAUAAAAAAGAAACACAACCUACGGAACAGGUUUCUUUAGAUAAACUUCCAACUCAAUCUUCAGAAAAUCAACAACCUUCAGUAAAUCAGCCAUCUCUAGAAGAACCAUCUCCAAAAGGGCAAAAUCCAUCAACUGAAAAUCCUACUAAUUUACCAAAUACAAACGUUCCACUUACGGAUGGAGAAAAUGGUAUUAAUAAAGAAAGUAUAUCUCCAAAUGAUGUAGAUAUAUCACCUACAAAAACAUCUGAUGGAGAAAAUCUACCCAUGGUAAUAGAACUAGAAGUAUCAUCUGAUCCUAAUAAUUUUAUUCUUGAUAAUGAUGAAACAGAAGAGGAACAUGAAGAAGAAGAGGAAGAAGAGGAAGAAGAAACCGAUGAAAUUUUACAGGAUGUAUUAGAAGAUAUAGAAGAUGAGGAUGAAGAAGGAGAUAUGGAAGAUGAUGAUGAAUGGGAUAAUGGUGAAAAUGAAACAAUAGAAGAAGAAUCCAAUGAAGUAACAAGCGAAACACCAACUAGAGAAGAUGGAAGAUCAAACGUAACGGACGAAGCUUCCCUUGCAGAGGGAGGAAGAACAGAUGGUAGAGCUGGAAAUAACACGGUGAAUAAACCUACAGGUUUGACAGAAAGAGAAACAAUUGCACAAGAAACAAAUUCAGACAAUUCAAGAGCUAAUGAAAAUAGUACAACUGAAUCAAAAAAUGCUGAACAAAAAAAGAAAAAACCAAUAAAACCCCAAAAUGAGGUCAUUGUUCAUAAAUCGGCUUCUAGUGAGUAUACAGAAGAGAUUAAACAAAAAAAGGAUGCUGAUAAAUUCGUGAGAAAUGCUUUUAGUUUUUUUAACGAGAAAGAUGAUGAAAAUGGAAAUAUCGAUGUUAGUGAUUUAUCAAAGGAUAUGCUUCAAUUUGUUUUGAGUUAA